AUGGAUUACCGACCAACCUACAACUUUUCACAUUCUGAAUUCCAUUUAAUUGGAUUUACAGAUCUGCAGACAUACCGGCCUGUGCUCUUCAUCCCCUUUUUCAUCAUCUUAGUUUACGCGUUAAUGGCUAACUAUCUUCUGAUCUUGGUCAUUUGGAAGCAGAGCACUCUGCAUGCUCCCAUGUACAUUCUGAUCGCACUAAUUGCAGCUCUUGGGUUCGCUGUGCCAGUUUUCAUUGUUCCCAGGAUGCUGGUUAGUUUUGUGUUUGGCCUGAAUCUAAUUACUAAAAAUGAAUGUCUCAUUCAGAUGUUUGUUGUUCAUCUUGCAGGGUGUUUUCAGUCAAGCAUUUUACUUUGGAUGACUGUUGACAGACUAUUUGCUAUUAUGUACCCUUUGCGUUACCAUGACUUUGUAAACCUGACCAAAUCUCUCCUUUUCUGCUCUAUACUUGUAAUCCGUAAUAUUGUGUAUGUAGUCGGAAUGGUUGGUCUGGUUGCACCACUUCCAUUUUGUAAAUCAAACCUAAUUUACCACUGCUUCUGUGAACACACAUCAGUUGUUAACAUGGCCUGCGGUGAUGUUUCUAAGAAUUAUAUAGCAGGUAUCAUUGGUUUAAGUAUUCCAAGUACUGACUGUGCCUUUAUAGUGGCCUCCUACACUGUUCUCUUCGUGGUCAUUUUUAAGACUCUUUCAGGAGACUCUCGCCAAAAGGCCAUUCAGACAUGUGGCUCUCAUUUAAUGACCAUAGCAGUUGCCUAUUUCAGUGCUGUUAGUGCAUUUAUCGGGUAUCGAGUAACUACAAUUUCACGUGAUGUGCGUGUGCUAAGCAGUCUAAUGUACCUCCUUAUUCCUGCCUGUGUAAACCCACUAAUCUAUGGGAUACGAACAAGAGAAAUUAGAGUUGUCCUAAUUAAAUAUCUAAAAAUUAAUAAAAUUAGUGCCCAUUGA